AGACAAGGGGCGGGGCCGGCGCGGUCAUCUCUCUGCGCCUUCCCGCAGGGCGCCGAGCAGCUGGCGCCGCCUGCCUGACGUCACGGUCACUGACAGCGUGAGCCCGCGGCGGCUGCUGCCAUGGUGGCUGGCGGCCGGGUAAGGGUCUGAGUGGAUCUCCUGCCAGGCCAGAGCGCCUUCGGGGGCCGCGGCGGAAGGCCAGGAGUUUGCAGCCAGGGCGGCGGGUUUGUGGUCUGCAGUGUCGUGAGGCUGAGGUGCAGCAUGUCUAGACUGGGAGCCCUGGGUGGUGCCCGUGCCGGGCUGGGACUGUUGCUGGGUACCGCCGCCGGCCUUGGAUUCCUGUGCCUCCUUUACAGCCAGCGAUGGAAACGGACCCAGCGUCAUGGCCGCAGCCAGAGCCUGCCCAACUCCCUGGACUAUACGCAGACUUCAGAUCCCGGACGCCACGUGAUGCUCCUGCGGGCUGUCCCAGGUGGGGCUGGAGAUGCCUCAGUGCUGCCCAGCCUUCCACGGGAAGGACAGGAGAAGGUGCUGGACCGCCUGGACUUUGUGCUGACCAGCCUUGUGGCGCUGCGGCGGGAGGUGGAGGAGCUGAGAAGCAGCCUGCGAGGGCUUGCGGGGGAGAUUGUUGGGGAGGUCCGAUGCCACAUGGAAGAGAACCAGAGAGUGGCUCGGCGGCGAAGGUUUCCGUUUGUCCGGGAGAGGAGUGACUCCACUGGCUCCAGCUCUGUCUACUUCACGGCCUCCUCGGGAGCCACGUUCACAGAUGCUGAGAGUGAAGGGGGUUACACAACAGCCAAUGCGGAGUCUGACAAUGAGCGGGACUCUGACAAAGAAAGUGAGGACGGGGAAGAUGAAGUGAGCUGUGAGACUGUGAAGAUGGGGAGAAAGGAUUCUCUUGACCUGGAGGAAGAGGCAGCUUCAGGUGCCUCCAGUGCCCUGGAGGCUGGAGGUUCCUCAGGCUUAGAGGAUGUGCUGCCCCUCCUGCAGCAGGCCGACGAGCUGCACAGGGGUGAUGAGCAAGGCAAGCGGGAGGGCUUCCAGCUGCUGCUCAACAACAAGCUGGUGUAUGGAAGCCGGCAGGACUUUCUCUGGCGCCUGGCCCGAGCCUACAGUGACAUGUGUGAGCUCACUGAGGAGGUGAGCGAGAAGAAGUCAUAUGCCCUAGAUGGAAAAGAAGAAGCAGAGGCUGCUCUGGAGAAGGGGGAUGAGAGUGCUGACUGUCACCUGUGGUAUGCGGUGCUUUGUGGUCAGCUGGCUGAGCAUGAGAGCAUCCAGAGGCGCAUCCAGAGUGGCUUUAGCUUCAAGGAGCAUGUGGACAAAGCCAUUGCUCUCCAGCCAGAAAACCCCAUGGCUCACUUUCUUCUUGGCAGGUGGUGCUAUCAGGUCUCUCACCUGAGCUGGCUAGAAAAAAAAACUGCUACAGCCUUGCUUGAAAGCCCUCUCAGUGCCACUGUGGAAGAUGCCCUCCAGAGCUUCCUAAAGGCUGAAGAACUACAGCCAGGAUUUUCCAAAGCAGGAAGGGUAUAUAUUUCCAAGUGCUACAGAGAACUAGGGAAAAACUCUGAAGCUAGAUGGUGGAUGAAGUUGGCCCUGGAGCUGCCAGAUGUCACGAAGGAGGAUUUGGCUAUCCAGAAGGACCUGGAAGAACUGGAAGUCAUUUUACGAGACUAACCACGUUUCACUGGCCUUCAUGACUUGAUGCCACUAUUUAAGGUGGGGGGCGGGGAGGCUUUUUUCCUUAGACCUUGCUGAGAUCAGGAAACCACACACAAAUCUGUCUCCUGGGUCUGACUGCUACCCACUACCACUCCCCAUUAGUUAAUUUAUUCUAACCUCUAACCUAAUCUAGAAUUGGGGCAGUACUCAUGGCUUCGGUUUCUGUUGUUCUCUCCCUUGAGUAAUCUCUUUAAAAAAAUCAAGAUUCACACCUGCCCCAGGAUUACACAUGGGUGGAGCCUGCAAGACCUGAGACCUUCCAAUUGCUGGUGAGGUGGAUGAACUUCAAAGCUAUAGGAACAAAGCACAUAACUUGUCACUUUAAUCUUUUUCACUGACUAAUAGGACUCAGUACAUACCUUACCUACCAAGGUAAAAAGAGGGAUCAGAGUGGCCCACAGACAUUGCUUUCUUAUCACCUAUCAUGUGAAUUCUACCUGUAUUCCUGGGCUGGACCACUUGAUGACUUCCAGUGUCCUGGCAGCUUUUGGAAUGACAGCAGUGGUAUAGGGUUUAUGAUGCUAUAAAACAAUGUCUGAAAAGUUGCCUGGAAUAUAUUUUGUUACAAACUUGAAAUAAACCAAAUUUGAUGAAAA